CCGUUAAAAUGCCCGAACUCAAAACACUUCUUUUUCCAAGAUGGCGUCGAUGAAGGACAGCGACACCGGCCUGUGGCUUCACAACAAAUUGGGAUCCACGGACGAGCUUUGGACGCCUCCGAGCAUCGCUUCUCUCCUCACUGUGUCAGUAAUUGACAACAUACGGCUGUGCUUUUCGAGUUUGUCGCCGCCGGUGAAGCUGAAACUGCUGCUCGGGAUGCUGCAUCUCCCCCGGCGGACCGUGGACGAGAUGAAGGAGGCCCUGUCGGAGAUCAUCCAGCUGGCGACGGUGGAUUCGGAGCCCUGGGUGCUGAUGGUCGCAGACAUCCUCAAGUCCUUCCCAGAGACCGGCUCUCUCAACCUGGACCUGGAGGAGCAGAAUCCAAAUGUGCAGGAUAUCCUCGGAGAGCUGAGGGAGAAAGUGGGCGAGUGCGAGGCGUCGAACAUGCUUCCUCUGGAGUGCCAGUACCUGAACAAAAGUGCGUUAACCACUCUGGUGGGACCCCUUACCCCCCCCGUCAAACAUUUCCAGCUGAAGAGGAAACCCAAGAGUGCGACACUCAGAGCGGAGCUGCUGCAGAAAUCCAUAGAGACAGCGCAGCAGCUGAAAAAGACAGCCGGAGUGCCUUUUCACGCCAAAGGGAGAGGACUGGUCAAAAAGAUCGACACAACCACUCCUCUCAAGGGGAUUCCCAACAAGGCCCCGUUCCGCAGUCCCACGGCCCCCAGUAUGUUCAGCCCGCCCAGUAACCGCACGCCUAUCGCCCCGGCACGGACGCCUCUGCGCAAGGAGAGGGGGGUCAAGCUCUUAGAUAUUUCCGAGCUGGAUAUGGUCGGCGCUGGAAGAGAAGCUAAGAGGAGAAGAAAGACUUUGGAAACGGAGGCGGGAGAGAAAGCAGCCAAAGAAGAAGCGUUAGCAGCAGCGGUGGUGGAGAACACCACGCCAGACUACGCCGCAGGCCUGGUGUCUGCACAGAAACUCGGGGCGUUGACCGAGAAUCCUCUGCCGUCGACCAGCUACCUGCCGGCCACACCCAGCAUGGUCCCCUCCUCCUCUUACAUCCCCAGCUCCGAGGCACAGCCAGCGAACGCCGGUGGGUCGGGGCGGGACACGCUGCAGUCGGCACGCCAACCAGAGGAGUCGGCAACAGCGGGCGCCGGCGCCACGGCAACACUACCGGGCCAGUACAAACAGAGGACGCCCAUGUACAACGCCAGCAACACGACCAACCCCGCGACCCCCACGUCUCCAAGCACGCCCGUCUCCACCCCCGCCAGCAACGGGCCCCCAGCAGCCGCCACCGCCAGCCAGCCAGAGACCCCCACCCAGCCCCCCAGCACCCCUCAGACCCCCACCCCCACGCCACCACAGCCCCAGCCCAAAAAGAAUCUGUCCCUCACGAGAGACCAGAUGUACGCCGCCCAGGAGAUGUUCAAGACGGCCAACAAGGUCACCAGACCGGAGAAGGCCCUCAUCCUGGGCUUCAUGGCAGGAUCCAGAGAGAACCCGUGCCCGGAGCAGGGGGACAUCAUCCAGAUCAAGCUGAGCGAACACACAGAGGUUCUCCCCAAGGCGGACGGCACCGGCAGCACCACCAUGCUGGUGGACACAGUCUUCGAAAUGAACUACUCCACAGGACAGUGGACUCGUCUCAAGAAAUACAAACCCAUCACCAACACCUCCUGAGGAGCUUCAAGGCCUCAAAGUCACACAUCCCACAUUUCUUAUCCUCCUCUUCAAUAAAAAAAAAACAUGUUUACAUACUUACAAGUAUUUGCAUACACAUUUGGGCCAAAUCCAGCGCUCGUGCGUCGAGGAGAGACGGGUCCUCCCUUUCCUGCACCGCCAAAAUGCAGGACUGAAGAAUAUUUCUGUACUUUUUGUUCGGUUAUUACCCUUAGCCUUUUUAUUGUUUCAGUUUUUAUGUCCGAUUCCUGAAUGAUGCUCAGGAGGGGUGAGAGUUAUACGAGUUGGAGCAGAGGAGUUAUUCUUACAACAGGUACCUUUUCAACAUUUGUACUCCGAGGUACAGGCGUGUCAAGUGUCAAGGAAAGGAGAAAAUACGAGCUGUCUGUAUUUUUCUGUAUGAAAAACUGAACUUCAGAACUGAAUCAUAGUUUGACAAAAAAAUAAGAGAACAAUAACGAGAAGUCGUCGUCGUAGAGAUGACCGUAAACGCAAAAGAUUUCUCAAUGCUGUCAAGUUCUGUUCGGAGCCUUCCGGUUGAUGUUUUCUUCGGUUUUUCAUCCUUUUUCCGAAGAAGGGAAGAAAAUAAAGUGACAACAGACUCCA